AUGAAACGCAUGGAUAUCUUCUGUGCUUCCCAAGCCUCAAUAGCCAUAUGUCUCAGCAUGGAUCAAGCCUCAUGCUCCUCUUCAAACACCAUUCUACUUAGAGGCCGAGCUAUUGACCGCCACAACCCCAUUAUCAAUGACUCGAGAAGGAGCACUUCCAAAUCUCUCACUGCCCCUUGUUCCUCCUCUCAGUCACCCAUCAACCCAAAGUCUUACCAUGAGCUCCGCAAGGCCAAGAAAAACUCUAUUGCCAAAAAUGCAACCAAGGGUCAUGAUAAUCACAAGAAAAACACAGCAGAAAACAUCGCUGAACAUGUCACCAACUCUUCUAAACCAAUUGAUGGCAUUGUGCGUAGGAGUUUGAUUAAGCCACCUUCUGAUUUAAUCACUCCUCAUGGCUCAACUAGAUCUUUGCUCAGUGACUCGGUCUUAUUGGAUGCUUCAUCACAUUAUGAUCCAGUUUUGGCCUUAUCUACUACGGUUAAUAGCAAAAUUUCUCAAGUUGCUCUUCAAGAUGAAACCAUUCCUGUUUCUAAACAUUCCAGCUCUUCUCAUUCAUACUUAUAUAUGAUCUUGGUCCGUAUAAGAAUAAAGGGAGGAGAAAAUUAA